AUGGUGGGGACUUUCCUGGCCUCGACGCCGCUGCUGAAGGAGGCGUGGAGGCUGUGCAUCGCCACAGACAAGAUGGGGUGUGGCGGCUUCAUGGCCAAGCAAGUCAGGGGCGUGGGGUACGUGGCAUUCUCGGGCGUCCAAGAGCUGCUGGUGCCCGGUUGGGAUCCGAACUUUGGCAUGCUGGCGCCGCUGGAUGCGGCAGGCCACGGGCUGUUUGCGCAUUUGACAUGCCGUUACGACGGGGAAGAGCCGGUCAUGGUCCACUCUGGAGUGCUUCACCUCUUCCUUCAUCAUCAUCAUUCGCGCCUUGAUUUUCAAAGCCAGAUUCGAAGCUUGCUGGCUGAAACCAAGUCAAUAGUGAUCACAGGCCACUCCAUAGGAGGAUCAAUCGCAUUCCUCACAGGUCUUUGGCUCCUCUCCUACCUCAAAUCCAUCUUCUCACCCUUCUCCGUCCUAUGCAUCGGUUUCGGCUCUCCUUUCCUCGGCAACGGGUCGCUAUCCCGAGCCAUCCUCCGCGAGAGAUGGGGCGGCAACUUCUACAAUGUCGUGUCGACGCACGAUAUAAUGCCGAGGCUAUCUCUCAACCAAUCGCUCGUUCAGACUAGCGUCUGGCACUUCCUAGUGAGAUUCUGGCACACGUGUAAGAUGUACCUGAGCUCUAUGAAUUCUGCUAACCUCCAAUUAACUGAAGAAGACAAAGCCCGGUUAUUUUCCUUGGUUGUGGAAGACAUGGAGCGCCUAGCGCAAGCAGGGGAAGACUCGGGAGGGAGGUCAUUUUGGCCAUUUGGGAAUUACUUGUUUUGUUCAAAUGAGGGCACAAUUUGUUUGGAUAACGCGGUAUCGGUGAACAAGAUGAUGCAUUUGAUGCUACGGACAGGCUCUCCGAAUUGUAUACUUGAGGAGCACCUUAAGUAUGGGCAAUAUGUUGAGAGACUGUCUCGUCAGUCUUUGAAGAGAAGCAUCAUGGAAAGAGAUCUCUCUGAGUCAAGCUAUGAAGCAAGUCUUUCCAUGGCUUUGAACUCCUCGGGGACAUAUCGACAGGUAUUGAUUGCACCAAUGGCAAAAGAUUGCUUGAAGAUGGGGAGGCGAAUGGGGCGCACGCCGAACCUAAAUGCCGCCAAUUUAGCAGUUAGGCUAUCCAAAAUCACUCCUUACAAGGCGGAGAUAGAGUGGUAUAAAGCUUGUUGUGAUAAGUCGGAAGAGCAAAGAGGAUACUAUGAUUCUUUCAAGCAAAGGGGGGCCUCGAAGAGAGAGUUUAAGAUAAACAUGAACAGGUUCAACCUUGCGGCCUUUUGGGAUAAUGUCAUACAUAUGAUGGACAGGAACGAGCUCCCACACGAUUUUCACAGGUGCUCAAAAUGGGUAAAUGCGUCGCAGUUCUAUAAGCUCCUUGUGGAGCCAUUGGACAUUGCGGAGUAUUAUCGGUUGGGGAAGCACCUUGAGAAAGGCCACUAUAGAAGCAAUGGAAGAGAGAGAAGAUACGAAAUUUUCGAUUGGUGGUGGAACGAGAGAGUUGUUGGUGAGGAACUGGGCAAUAGGAGGACCAAGAAUGCAAGCUUGACCCAAGACACUUGCUUUUGGGCAAGGGUGGAGGAAGCAAAGGAGUGGCUGGACAAAAUCAAGAGUGCGAGUGACCCAAAAGAACUUGCUUUUCUUCGGGAUAGACUCGAUGAGUUUGAAGCAUAUGCAAUGAAGCUGGUUGAAGGAAAAGAGGUGUCUGCUGAUGUUCUGGCUAAGAAUUCAAGCUUUAGUUCGUGGUUAGAAGAAUGGAGAGCAUUGAAACUGAAUCGAACUGGCCUUAACCGACUGUUUCAAGCUGGUUCACAGGGGGACUGAUUCUUAGCAUUCUUCAGCCUGCUUGAAACUCAAAGGGAUAGAUGUAAUAAAGAUUCUCAGAAGAGAGGAAAGUAAAUGCAUAUGAGCAUUCUUCAGCCUGCUCUUUGUACAAUUUUAGACAUACUAUAUUACUUACUUCAACGUUGGUAAAAGGUAGUGGAAUAGAGUUUCGUGAUGAGAUUGAGAUGUGGCUUAACAACAAAAAGUGUACCUCCUGAUUUUAUGUUGGGAGGUAAU